AUGUUCUCAGCAAAGCACUCCAAAUGCUUUUUUUCAGAGAUCUACACCCACGUGAAAACAAUGGCAACAAGAAAAAGGUGGAAACUUUCUAGAAUAGGCCCAGAUUUUGCAAAUGUGAUAAAGAGGUUAUUGUGUGCUCGAACUUUUCACACAAGAAUUGGAGGCAAUUUAACACGAAUAAUAAACAGGGGAAGGCUAGCUAGUGCGGAGCAGACGGGCCUGAAGGGCAGUGCUAAGCAUUUCAACUUCUUCCCUCUGGACUUCUGGAAUCAAGACGACUGAAUGCUGGUUUCCUCAGCUGAAAAUAAAGGUAAUGCCCUUGGGAAAACCAUAAAUAUGGCAGGUUUUAUUUCUAGGGUGGUUGGUGGACUAAAGUUUUCAAGAAGCUACUAUAUUAUGUGGCCAGCAUUUGACAUUCAUGAAUGUAAUCCUGACCAUAACUCCAUAUUAAAGAUGAGAAAACCAAGGCUCUGA